AUGGUGGCAGACGGCGAGUCGCUACAACUGACGCGUGUCUUCAGUGUGUGCCUCGAGGUUCCCGCGUGCGGCGCGGGGGCGGUCGUGACGCUCACGGAUGUGUACUUGGGGCCGCGACUGGCAUCGGACAUGGUUUCGUACGGCAGUCUCGAGAACAGAGAUUUUUCCUCAAGCACGACGGCGACAAGCGCUCGCUCGGAGCAGCGAUGGUGCGGUCAAGUUCGUUGUCGCGAUCGACAGCAACGUGCUGUAUUUCGUGACGACGACCACGCGCGACAAGGAUGA